AUGGAUAUGCUUAUUAUUGACCAAACACAUGCGAAUCAUUCUCAAAGCUCGUCUGUCUAUCUUCAAGAUUUUCGUUCCGAGCCUUGUCAAGUAUGUGGGGAGAAUGCUAGUGGUUGGCAUUGUGGGUCGAUUACUUGUGAAGCUUGCAAAAAAUUUUUCCUUCGAUCAGUUAACGAUGAAUAUCGUAAAUACAAAUGUAUGAAAGAUAAAAAUUGUCUGAUUACGCGAACUACGCGAACGCAAUGUCAGUAUUGUCGGUAUGCCAAAUGCAUUCAAGUGGGAAUGAAACUCUCAGGUAAAGAAUUUUGCAUUCAUCAAACAACCGAUCACAUAGUAGUUGUAGAAGGAAGUCCAAAUCUAAAGAUCGAAGAUAUUUUCAAACAAAUCCCAUGUGCUGUGUGUCAUCACGCUUCGUCUGGUAUUCAUUUUGGUGCUACAACAUGCGAAGGGUGUAAAGGUUUUUUUCGUCGGACGAUGAGAGAACGUAUUCCACCACGUUACAAAUGUGCAGAAAAUAAUACGUGUGUUAUUGGUUAUUUGACACGAAAUUCUUGUCGAGCGUGUCGUUUUGAAAAAUGUCUUCGAGCUGGAAUGUCUAUGGAAGGAUCACGCAUUGGACGGCAAUCGAAUUUAUUUAAACAUAAGAUGGUUGAAUUACAACGGCAAGGGUUAAUUCGUUCACAAUUACAACAAGUGAUUGCACUGAAUUCUGUUAAUUGUCAAUUGAGUUCAUCGAAUCGUACUCAACCGGGUAAUUCUAAACGAAAACCGACGAUUAAUUCUGGAAAUGACAAUGAAGAUCUUUCAUCAUAUGUCGAAUCAGCAAUGGUGUUACAUUUCGAAGAUAAAUUGGAAACUCAUCUGCUUCAGCAAAUAUCAAAUCUUGAAAAUGCUUAUACAACUUAUCUCAAAGAGUUACCAUUCUGUUCGAAUGAUACCAUUGAUCUUUGGCAUACAUGCUUAUCACAAAUAAAUGAAUAUACAAAACGAGUUGGAGAUUUUGCAUUGACUAUUCCUGAGUUUUCGAGUUUGAAUUCGGAUGAUCGAACUUUAUUGAUCCAUUCAUCGACACAUUCAGUCAUCAUUCUAUGUCUUUGCUUACAAUCACCACGAUUUCGUACAUUAACGAAUGAUCUGAACUGGAAUUACUUGAAUAUUUCCGUCAAUUCUCCAUGUGGUCAAUAUCUUCAACAAAUGUUCCCGUUUCUCUUCGAUUUAGAGCAAUUCACAUAUUCAUUUGAGAAAGAACUUCAAUUAUUAGAGCUCGACGAUAGAGAAAACGCAUUAUUCCUUGCUCUACUUCUUGUUUCAGUUGCAAAUAGUAAAUUCAUCGAGAUUGAUAAACUCGAAAAAAUUCAAGAGAAUAUCUUUUGUACCUUAUAUGAUUACAUGUCUGCUAAACGUGGUGUUAAUAGUAAUGAUUACUUUAUUUUAACAGUUCAAAUUCCAUUUAUUCAUCGAAUCAAUAGUAUUAUCUCGGCAAAUCUUGUCAAUUCAAAAUAUUACUCAACUUCGAUAUAA